GCGCCCACAAAGUCACGUGAACGCGCUUCUCUUUUUUUUACACAACAAAGAUGGCGGCGCCCUGCAGGACCCUGAUGAGGUCGACUUUGCAAGGUUUGUAUAAGUUGUCAAAUACAACGUUUUGGAUUGGAUCUCGCUAUGAGAAAAGAGUCGCACAUCCCAGGCUGCAGGAUAAUGUUUUGCUCAGCAGAGCUCUAUACUGUGGACAUUACACUUUACAAACAAACACCAAGACAGAGUCUCCAAACGUUACGAACACACAAAGAGCAGCAGAACCCGAAAACAAGACCAACCGACAAAAGAAAGAGGACGAAGAAGAGGAGGAAGAUAACAGGCCUGAGUACAUCCCCAAAAGAAAGGCAAAAAACCCAAUGAUGAAAGUUGGAUAUGCAUGGAUGAUCGGUCUGCCUACUGGUAUCAUUGGCUUUAUCCUGGCAAAGAGACAGGUGGACAAGAACCGACUGAAGCAGCUGAAAAUCAGACAGAGAAUGAAGAGAGCCAAUGAGGGAGAUUACGAGAGCGAGCGAUAUAAACCGUCCACCAGGAUCCAGUGAAAAUGACUCUGUUGUGCUGAAGAAUGGCUUCAUUGUGCAUGUAAUGGUUGGGUUGCCAUGGAAACAGUGAACCCAGCAGGAUAUAACAAAGACAUUGUAGAAGCCAGCAUUUAUUAUGGUGGCUCUUUUGAUCUCAUGGAUGAAAAGUUGAUGAAGACCCCAACUAAAGGAUUUCAUUGCAGCCUGUUUGAAAAGUUUUGUAUAUUUUGAUGCAGUCUUCACUAGGUUUGUCCAUAAGCAUAAAGAAAAGCAAUCACUAGUAACUAUUAAAAUCCAUUAAAUAAUUCUCAA